CGCCCCAGAGACCGGCGCUGGCCGCUGCUGGUAUCUAAACUGGAAGGAAACGUGCGAGCCAGCAAGCCCCAUAGGCUUGGGAGCGCACCGGGCAGUGCCAGGAGGGCUCCUACCCCCAGCCCAGCACCAGCAGCCAGCGCAGCCUGCCAUCUCUGCCCCCCUAAGAGCAGCCUCUCCUGCCGCUUUGUUUCAUUUGUGGAGCUCGGGUUUUAUUUUAUUUGAUCGAAUUUGAUUUCGGUUUUUGUUGGGGGGUUUUUGCGCACCCCUGACAAACAAAGGAAGGAAGAAAAAAAAAAAAAAGGACAAGGGGGAGGGGGCUUGCUUCGCAGAAGACAUGCGUUCAUUCAGGAAGAGGUGGACUGUCUGCACGAUAAGUAUCCUCCUGAUCUUUUAUAAGACAAAAGAAAUAGCAAGAACGGAGGAGCACCGGGGAAUACAACUCACCGGAGACAGUUAUAUGAGUUUGAGUAGAUCGAUGAUCAAUAGCUCUGAUAAAAUAAUUCGAAAGGGCAGCUCUUCAAUCUUUCAUCAUUCUGUGGAAGGUUGGAAAAUCAAUUCUUCUUUGGUACUGGAGAUAAGGAAGAAUAUUCUUAGAUUCUUAGAUGCUGAGAGAGAUGUCUCGGUAGUCAAAAGCAGCUUCAAGCCAGGAGAUGUAAUCCACUAUGUGCUAGACAGACGUCGCACCCUAAACAUUUCUCAGGAUUUGCACAGGCUCCUCCCUGAAGUCUCACCAAUGAAGAACCGCCGAUUUAAAACAUGUGCAGUUGUUGGAAAUUCUGGCAUACUCCUAGAUAGUGGAUGUGGAAAAGAAAUUGACAACCAUGACUUUGUAAUAAGGUGCAAUCUAGCUCCAGUGGUGGAGUUUGCUUCAGAUGUGGGAACAAAAUCUGAUUUUAUUACCAUGAAUCCAUCAGUUGUACAAAGAGCAUUUGGAGGUUUUCGGAAUGAGAGCGACAGAGAAAAAUUUGUGCAUAGACUAUCUAUGCUGAAUGACAGUGUCCUUUGGAUCCCUGCUUUCAUGGUCAAAGGCGGAGAGAAGCAUGUGGAGUGGGUUAAUGCAUUAAUCCUUAAGAAUAAAUUGAAAGUGCGAACCGCCUAUCCAUCACUGAGACUUAUUCAUGCUGUCAGAGGGUACUGGCUGACAAACAAAGUCCAUAUCAAAAGACCCAGCACUGGUCUCCUUAUGUACACCCUGGCUACCAGAUUUUGUGAUGAAAUUCAUCUGUAUGGAUUCUGGCCAUUCCCAAAGGAUUUAAAUGGAAAACCAGUCAAAUAUCAUUACUACGACGAUUUAAAGUAUCGGUAUUUUUCUAAUGCCAGCCCUCAUAGAAUGCCAUUAGAGUUUAAAACUUUAUAUAUGUUACAUAACAGAGGAGCACUUAAACUAACAACAGGGAAAUGUGUACAGCAAUAAAGCACAUGUACAGUACAAUAAAAAUACUGAAUAUGCACUUCAUCAUAAAGAUGUUGUGAAAUGGCAAUGGGAUACCACAGAGGAUAUAUUUCAAUACCCAAUAAGCCAUUGGGAAAAGGAAGUUUAUCAGAAGUCCAUUACCAGCUAUUAUACCUGUAAAGUGCUAUAAAACGAAAGUUAUCUUGACUGCAAGGGUUCAAGUAAGUGCCACUUUUCACUAAGAACAAAGCUUGAAUGUAUAAUCAGUACUGUUUACAAGAUCCAAUGAUACAUUCUUCAUGAAAAAAAAGAAGCAGCAAAUAAGCCCUUUUUUACUGCUGACUUGCUACUGUAGUCUGACAGCUUAUAGAAGAAAUACCCAGUGGAUGGAAUCUGCCCAUGGGGAAAUAAAACAGCCUUUGGCAGAAGAAUUCUUGGUUGAAUUAGUAGAGCUGUGAAGUCUGUAAGAUCAAGCAGAUCAAGUAAAUGCCUUCAGUCAGGGGACUGUCUGACCUUGUAUUAUAACCUCGUCUUUUGUUGCUGGUUCCUUGUUGUUGUUGUUUGGUUUUUUCUUGCAUUUGGGUAUUGUAACCCUAAAGGGAUUUUAUAAGGAUGAUAUGAACAGUUUAAAGAAGUCAUCAAAUAGUUGUCUUAGAAGAAAAAGGUUAUUAUUGGGGGAAAAAAUCAAAUACUUUAACAAUCUUAAUUGUGUUGUAUCCGGUUGUUACACAAUUCCAAAACUCCAUAUCGUUGGAUUUUUUUAAUUUUUUGUUUGUUUUUUAGCUGUAGUUGUCAGUAACAGCUAAACAGAACCCUCAGAGAUCAGUAUUUUUGAGCCAUUUUUAAAGAAAGUUUUGUCUGUUACGUGUCAAUUAGGGAAGAUAUGUGUAACAAGACGGUGCCCUUAUUUUUGGUACCAAAGAUACACUGAUUUUUGUAUACAGCUACCUUUUUUCUUUUUAUGAAAAAAACAUGUACAUUUAGUACUGUGUUGCUGUACUGCUGAGGAAAAAAAUGUUUCUGGGUAUUAUUAUUUACUGUAAUUUAUAUUGACUGACUUGUUUGAAUGAAGAAGCUUCAAACAGAUUUUCUAAGCUAACUUUGCCAGGAAAGGUUUGUUCUUUUGAAAAAUCUAAUAAUGUUUAUUGCAAGCAUUCAGCUAUAUUUAAAUUUGAUUUUUAUUUCCAUUUAGGCAAAAGGAAUUUUUCAAUUUCAUAGUUCUUGUAUUAAAACACACUAGUUUACUAAAUAGAAAUAAUUAUUUUGGGGGAUCUCUAAUUUCUUUAAACCAAGGUGGUAAAAAAAAUAGGUUCCUGAAAUUUUGUCCAAUUUUGAGGAAAAAAAGACCCCACAACAUCUAGCUACCAUAUUAAAAUAGGUUUUAAAAAACUGAAUAGACAAUAUAGACACUGUUAGUCAAACACAGUUCUUUUAAAUAAGAAUGUUAUCUAGUGUUGGACAAUAAACCUCUCAUAUUAGUUUGAUAGUCUAAUAAGUAAAUGAUUAAAAUAACAUCAUUCUACAAUAUUCUUACAUCCGUGCUUCUGAAAUCCUUUUUUUUUAAUCACACAGAAUAACUGUCCUCUUCUAUUAUUUCUGAGAAGACAGUUAGAAAUGGCAUGAGGAACAGGAAAUGGGCUCUGCAGGUUGUGGAAUACCAAACCAUUCCUUAUUCCCUUCAUAGCACAAACAUGUAAUUAGAGUGCCUGAAUGCAUUAGAAUUUAAGAAAAAUUUGAACACUUUCCUUUUGGAAUUUGGUGUGCAUCUCAGGAAACGUAACAGCAGGCAGUGGGCAUCACUGCAGUAGCAUGAAGAGUAAAGAACUAGUUUUAAAGAACAAAUACAGUCUUUAUGCUCUCUGAUUGCACAUUAAAAUAAAAUUAUCUUGGCCACAUGAGGGUUCCCUAAUCCCAGCUGCUGGCAUUGGACAAGAUGAUUCUGGGAGAAUGUGUUUUCUGCCACUAUGUUUCUGAUUGCAUCUUACUUGAGGAUGGUUCUGGAGCUGUACCAAGUCUCCAAUAAUGCCCAUUGUGUCCCCACCAGCUCACAAAAAAUACUUGGAACAUGUCACUCAUAUGUUGCUUAGGUCUCUGCCUGCCCACAACAUCUGUGCAACAUGGGUUUUGUCCAGAAAAAAGAAAUGUAAAUGAAGUAAGAACCAUCAUGUUUGCACUGUACUGAACAGGAUGGCAGAUCACAAAAAACCCGUACAGAUAUGCUAGACAAUAUAUUUGCUUGUUAAGUUUUCAACCUUGGCACAGUUCUUUCUCCUCCCCUCUCUACCCUUGCAGUAUAUUUCAGGUCUUGAAUUGGUAUGGGAAAAUGCAUGUGCAUUUUGGAACCAAACCACACUUCAUGAACACCACUCCUUACUUACCAUGGCUUGGAAAUCCAUCAUUACACAGACUCAAUAGCCAAAUCUGUCACAGAGGAGGUUAAAGUGCUCCCUGUUGCAGUCAACAAACUGAGAUUAAAGGUUGUGCAUCAUAUAGGCACAAUUAGCAUUUUUUCUUUUCUCACAAAGCUUUUGUUUACUUUGGUUUUGUUUUAGGAUUUAGAAUUUGGCUCUCUGCAUUUGGGGAUUUACACUUAUUUUAGGUUAAGGUGAUAGAGAGGUAUUUGAAGUUGCUUGUUCUUGAAUAAUUGAAAACCCCUAUAAGACUAUUUCUAAAGGGCAACAAUUUAAAACAAGUAUGGGAGAUAUACUUGUUAUUGUAAAGGAAGGCCUUUUGUUCCACAGUUUUAUGGAGGGAUUAUUUUUCUGUUUGUUGAGAUAUGAAUUCCUUGAGCUCCAUAGACCAGUAGUCCCCAGUUCGUGGCACAUGGGUAACAUGUUGCCUGCAAGACCCUCUAAUUAUGGUUGACAGGGAGAGCAAAAUAUAGUGUUGCACACAGUAUAUUUCUAGCUCAGUAGCAUUGCCCAUGGGCCAGUGAAGUUAGGGAUCACUGCUCUAGCAGCUUAGAAAAGUGUCUGUUUGGCUUGUUCACAUAUCUUUCAUACUCUUUACUUUGUAUUCUGUGAAUUUUCUCCUACCUUUGUUCCCAAAUGUCAGUCAUAGUCAGAAAAGGAUGUCAUCACUGGCUAAAACUUUUUUCCAUUGAAAGGAUUUUUUAAUACUCUAACAUCUAUUAAAGUAGAAAGAGUGACAAGCAGAUGUCAUUUUAAUUCCUAUUACACCAAAAUAUCAGCUUCUUUUGUGAUACAAGUACAACCAAUGGGACAAAAAUGGAAUGAUAGGUGAAGGAGUUUGAGUUUAAAUAGUGGAUAUUAAAGGAGAGAGAGAGGAAACAACAUCACUGGGUGCAUCUACACAAGAUGCUACUGUGCAGUCAUUACUGUAUAUUUAUUUAGUACUUGUAUUAGCAAGUAAUAAAUGCACAGUAGCCAGAAUUACUGAGCAGUAGCACUGGUGAACAUCUUUUAGGUGCCACUACAGUGUAGUAGCCUAAUAAUAUUGCACAGUAGCAUAUUAGCACUGUCCAUGCUAUGAUGUGCUGCUGUGUGGUAUAUCUUGGUCAGCAUCUCAUGUAGAUGUGCCCAUUGAGUAGGAUUUAUGUUCCAGGGUUCCACGGUGCCUCUGUCCCUCUGUUAAGCUCCCUUCUUACUGCAGUUAAACAAUUGUAUAUCUACUCUGUAACUGUUUUUACCUCAGGGAGGACAGGAAUGGAUUAAUCCCCAGGACUUUAACAGGACUAGAGGCUCUAGGACGGGGUGAACUUCACUGUGUGGGUCUUAACGCACAACAAUAACUGUCUUACCAUAACAGGGUUCAUGUUUUUACGUCUCCAUACCACCUACAGCACAACGAGCACAGACAGUCUGCGUAAAAAAUAAUAUCAUCGUCCAACUUCAUCACUGACUUAGUUAAGCAAAAGGACAAGGAGCCCACCUGCUGUUAAUAUGAGAUUUGGAGGGGCUAUGAGGCUCGGGAUGAUCUCAAAAGACUGACUUCUUUCCACAUAAGAUAUAAAAAUGUCCGGGAGUAAUUUCUUGCUAAUAUCCUGAAAUUAAGCUAAAUUCCAGAAAUGGGUUAUGAUGUUUCCAUGCAGUUCUAUAAAAAAGCAAAUUUGGCAAAAGAAUUUUUUUUCAUUCAGGUAAAUGUGUUGUAAGUGGUUAAUAAACUAGUAUCGUAAUGUUUCUGUGGUGAGGACUAUGUCUCUCUUAGUUUAAUGGAGAAUAACGGAUAAAAAUGUCUGUGAAAUUUUCAGCUUUGAGCCUAUUCUUCCUUCCCCCAUGAACUCCCAAUGUAACAUCUGCUGAACUAGUUGGGGCAAUACGAUGUGCAUUGCAAAAUCAAACCACAAUUAGCAAAUACCACACGGAACUAAUCUUUUACUUCAGAAUAAAAUCAACACACUCUUGAGGUUGCAACAUGUUUAUAUUGACUGUAAUUGGCAGAAAAAAAAAUUUGUGGGUUCAAUAUCUGUUUCUUUGAGGUCUGAUCCUGUAAUGUGCUAAACAUUCCUUAUUCCCAUUGACUAAUUUGAGACAUGACAGUAUUCACAACCUACCUAUGUAAGUGUUUAGCAUUUUGCAGGAUCAGUUUUUUAGUCCCCUUAGAUUGCACACAUUUUUUUAAGAGCACUGUUACUUUGUGUAGGAAAAAGCACAAUUGUUCUAAAUGUAUAUUAAACAGGAAGAGAGUUUACAGAGAACAGCAUUCCUGCACAGUACUAUUGCUACUGAGUAUACACUAUGUCAUUUGUGUGGUUUGAACUAUUAAGGUGUAUUCUGUCAGGAUUGUCCUGUUUGACACUGUUUAAUAUUAUUUUGUGUACAGCAUUUGGAUAUUGUUUUAUUAUUUGUACAAAUGUAAAAUAAAUUAAACAAUUUUUUUCAUUUUUUCUGCUA